GUCCUGUCAGACGCAGCGUUCCGUGCGCAGUAAUGAUGCGCAGUGUGUUAGCAUCACAAAAUGCAGUCUGAAUCAAAAACUUUGUUGACAACUCCAACAGAAAAGCCGAAUCAUUACUCAUAUUUGAAGGAGUUUCGUGUGGAACAGUGUCCAUUGUUUCUUCAGCAUAAAUGUACCCAACACAGACCUUUCACUUGUUUUCAUUGGCAUUUUAUGAAUCAGCGGCGGAGGAGACCCGUUAGAAGACGAGAUGGAACUUUUAAUUAUAGUGCUGAUAAUUACUGCACGAAGUUUGAUGAAACGACAGGACAGUGCCCCGAAGGAGAUGAUUGUCAGUUUUUACACCGCACAGCAGGUGAUACAGAAAGACGCUAUCACCUGAGAUAUUACAAGACAUGUAUGUGCGUUCAUGAUACGGAUUCACGAGGAUUUUGUGUGAAAAACGGACCACAUUGCGCGUUUGCUCAUGGUAAUCAUGACCUAAGGCCCCCAGUGUACGAUAUUAAUGAGCUUAAGUUGCUAGAACAUCCUGAAUCAGAUCCAAGUGUCAUAAGUAAUGGACCAAAUGCACUGGAUAAGGAACGAAAUUUAAUGAAUGAAGACCCUAAGUGGCAAGAUACCAGUUAUGUUUUAGCAAAUUACAAGACCGAACUGUGCAAAAGACCUCCUCGGCUGUGUAGACAAGGUUACGCAUGUCCCCAGUACCACAACAGUAGAGAUAAACGGCGCAGCCCAAGAAAAUUCAAGUACAGAUCGACACCUUGUCCGAGUGUCAAACACGGUGACGAAUGGGGUGAACCAAGCAAUUGUGACAACGGUGAUCAGUGUGCAUACUGUCAUACACGCACUGAGCAACAAUUUCACCCUGAGAUUUACAAGUCGACAAAAUGUAAUGACGUUCAAACUGCCGGGUACUGCCCUCGUGGUGUCUUUUGUGCAUUCGCACAUGUUGAACAGGAAAUGAGUUUAGCAAGAGAUCUCGUCGCUCGAGUGGAUUCCGGGAUGAGUCUUGCAGACAUUUUAUCGAGUGCACUUCCUUCCGAAAAAUCAAGCAACGGUCACGAUUCUUGCAAGAGGGAUGAAAAGAGCAGCGAUUCCUCAAAUGGGAGUGGAGAGGUUUCAGAGUCUGCAUCCACAAGUAGUGCUGGGUCAAAUAGUUCCCACAGUAAAGCACCAGGAGCUCAGCUCGCACACCACAAAAUGGGAAUGUCGUCAAUUUUCUCAUCAACUCAGCAUGAAACAUUUCAAGAGACUAGUGCAAUGCAAAACAAACUAAUAGCAAUAGAGCGGGAUCCCCUCCUUACACCAAUGGAAAAGGCAAAUAGGAAACAAAAUAUUUAUUUGAAUUAUAGCAUUAGCAAUUCUAUACCACUGCCAUCAGUGUCCCCACUGGCUACUCCAUUUUAUCCAGCAGCUGAUACUGUUGAAUCUGUUGUAGGUAAUGCAUUGGAGGAUUUGACACUGGAUGAACCAUUUAGUUUAACAGCUUCCCUAGACAAAGACUUAGAAGCAGAAUCUCCACUGUCUAUAUCUGCAGGAUUAGCAAGUUCUGGUGUGCUUGGCAGUUCAGCGCCUGUUAACAUCCCCGGCAGUACACUGAAUAGCAGAAGCUCUCUAGGAAACUUCUCACCGUCUACUUCAUCUCCAUUGCAACAGCUUCAAUCAAGUUUUCUGUCUGCUGCGAGGUUUUCUCAUCAAGAUUCACUUGAUUCGGGGAGCUCAUUUUUAAAUCCACCCACAAUGACAUUGAGUAGUAGUGCAUCAAAAAUAAAUAGCUUCGGGUCCAGUAGUUUAUUCGAUUUCACAACGCACCAGAAUACGUCACCGAGCAGUCGCGGAAACCUCUCGUCCUCGCUGAUCGGUAGCUUUCCUCUCAGUUCGUCAAUGGGCAACAGUAUAUCUAAUGAUGUGCAUAUGCAAAGGCUAUGUGAGGAGCUCGCUAGUAGUAGAUCCAAGUUGGCUUCCUGGGAUGAGAGAAUAGCACAGGCCCGUACUGCAUGUGAAGCUUGGCAGCGUGAAUCUGAAGAGUCUAAUAGGAAAGCGAGCAUUGCCGAACAACAGAGAGAUGAGGCACUAUCACAAGCAAAAGCACUUCAAAAGGAGGUUGAUCUUUUACAAGGAAGUCCGUAUUUGCAUGGUCUGAGGAGAGUAUCUGAACUGAAAUCGUUAUCACUUGCAACUCUUAAGUCCUUAGAAGGACAGUUGAGAAGUGACUUGGAAGAAAUUGAGAAGGUUAUCUACUUGCAGACUGCUACUAAGUGUAUGGUUUGUGAAGAAGGAAAUCGUAGUAUAACUCUAAAACCAUGUAAUCACUUUGUGCUAUGUAGUAAUUGUGCUCUUACCCAAAAGGAAUGUCCGUACUGUCAGAUGCCUAUUAGCAAUACUCCUGUUUGAGUGAUAAAUAGAAUUAUUAGUUAUAAACACUUCAAGUACAGAUUAAGAACGUUUUAUAUCCAGAGAAAGCAUGAAGACAAAAUAAUUAUAUCCGAGUUUAAAAAGUAUGUAUGCUUUAUAAUAGUGUAUGGAUAGAAACAGCAGUAUAGAAGGUCUGAUACAAAAGUAUCUGGAAGUUACCUAAAUAAUAUAACCUACAAUUCAUACGGUGACUGUGUCUACGUAUUUUCCUACUACUGUGUGUUUAUUACUGUGUACGUUGAUUGGUCGUUCAUUUGCUAUUGCAAGUACUCAUUGAAAUACAUGCUAUCUUGAUGUAUAAUGUGUAGUCCAUGCCACAGUUUCUACAACUUUCAUACUUUUUACCUCAUAGAAAAAUGACAAAAAACAGUUGUGACAUCUACUCUUAAAAGAUGGACAUGGAAACCAUUAAAAUUAUGUUUUAGUGAUAGUACAAUAUUAAGAAAUAAAAUAAGCAACAGUUGUGGCAAAAGCAUGUAUGGUUACUGUGUUCGCUGUGUUAGAAGAAUCAGCAAAUAGACUGAAUUAGUAUUCAUGUACCCAGAAUUUGCAGAAUAUUUCCAAGUGCUUUUCAUCAGACCUUCCAUUUUAAUUUACAAAAAUAUAAUUUGCCUUUUAAAGUGCACAUGGACCAUAAUACUUAUACUGCUUAAUGAUUUAAGACUGAUUAAUUUUAACUAUUUGACUUGUGGAACCAGAUACAUUGUUGGACAGUGUUUCCACACUUUGAAGUACAAGCAAAAGGAAGUACAAAAUUUUUAUUAAAAUUUAUAUGUGCUAAACUUUAUAUGAUAGAAGAGAGAAAAUAUGAAUGAAGAUCAGGUCUGAGGAGCAUGAUGUGCCUAGGAAGAAAGCAAUAGAUGAAAGAGAUGAUUAUACAGACAGUAACAUAAAAAUAUUAUAUUCCAUAUUGCCACUCAAAGCCUACAAAAAUGCACUGUAAAACAAAGUAAUCUUGAAGCUGUAACCUUUUUGAUGAUAGUUGUAUUUUCUUUUCAUACCUCCAGUAUGUUGUUGAAUAAAGUAAAAGAAAUUCUUUGGCUUGUUGUAUUAGAGGUAAAAUUUUCACAAGUCACAAGUUUGAACAUUAUAUGUUGUCAGUUUUCUUUGUAUCAUAAAAUACUUCCUGAAAAAGGCAUAUGUGCAGUGUAGGUAGAUUUCAUUGGUAGUAGAGCUGAUAAACACUGAUUUUUAAGAAACCACAGUUUCUUAAUGCUAAAUUAACAAUCUAUAAAAGGAAUGCUGUAUGUAUGAAGUCCAGAGAAUUUUCACAGUAUUUGAACAUAUUUGUAAUGGUAAAUGUCGUACCACAUAUUUGUAACUAUAGCAAUAGAAGUUUAGGCCCAAUUCCUUGAUCUUUAUUUUUAUCAUAAGAUGGGUAUGGACACUGUUUUUACUUAUUGACAUUUGAGAAUAACAACCUAUUUUGUUAUGUGAAGAAAUAGCUGUUAAUAAAUUUCUUUAUGUUUUGGUGCAGUGUGGUUCCACUUCUGGUCCAGCAUUUAGCAUGGUUCCAUUUUAAUGUUUUAAGGAAAUCACUCCAUAUUUUAAUAUCUCUUUUUUAUGUUUUACUACUGUUUUAGUGCCAAGCUGCUUCUAUCCUGAACUCAAAAGAUUUUUUAAAAAGAAAUUUACAUAUAUGAAUAAAUAUUUGAUAUGAUGGAUAUUAUACUUGUGGGGCACUUCUAUUUAUUUUACUUUAUAUUUUUAAUGGUAAACCUGUAUGUAUGACUGUGAAACCUCUAAACAAUGCAUAUGGGCCAGUAAUGAGUAAUUGUAUGCCGAAGAAAGACUGCACAGCAGGAUUAUAAGUUACUUUGUAAUGUAAUUACAUUUGAGCCAGUGGAGACUUCCUGAAAGGUUAUUAAAACAUAUUAUAAUGUUGUAUAGAUCUUUUUGUUAAAAGUGGAAAAAUGUUUCAGUAUUUUGUUGGUGUAUAGAAAUCAAAAGUAUGGCGCAAUUGUUUAGAUGCUGCAUAAUUCUAUGAAAUGUUUUAAUGUACCAAAAAACAUUUUUCAAUUUUAUAUUUGUAAACUAAUUGUAAGCAUGUGAAAUAAUGUUGCUAUAACUGACAGUAUUUGCACUAGGAUUUUUGUUCUCUUCAAGUAGUUUUUUUGUAUACCAUGCAUCAGUUCUGCAAUUAUAAACAGUAUACACAACCUACCAAAUGUUCAUACUCGUUCGGUGUGAUCUGUUUAGUUUUAGUAACGGUGAGCCUAAAGACAUUUUCACAUCCUUUGCUCACAGCAUUAUAAAUUUCUACAUUUUUUUCCCACAUUCCUGAUUGUUUGGUUAAAUCUCUAAGCCCAAUAUAAAACAGUGAAACUGCAGAAGAAUGAUAGUUUUAUAUGCUCACAAUAGCACAAAUACGCCAAACAAAAUUUCAGAUAGAAUCUCAGUCAACAUUUUUCCUUCAGUGAUGUUUUUUUACUGUAUGACAAGGAAGUGUAAUAAAAAUUGCAUGUCACUAUUGGUGUUCAAGCUGAUAUCCAGUAAAAAAUGAGGGGAAUCGGAAUGUAUGUGUUUAUGAUUCUGUUGUGAAGAAAUAAAGAUUUAAA